AUGGAUUCGUUGGAGCAAAGCCACAUUACUUUGAGAGGAGAUGUUGACUCAAUGAAAAACCAAAUAUACCAACUUGUGGAGGCUAUGAUAGCCUUAGCAAAGAGGGAGGACAACAUUCAGCAGACUGCAGUUAUUGAGAAUGUCAUUCCACCUCCAGUAAAUGAUCCUACCCAACCUCAGCCUGUGCGAACCCCAGUUGAUAACUCUGUUGUACAAGAAUGUCAUAUUGUUCGAGAUGAGGUUUCCCCAUAUCAUGAUGCUGUUGAGUAUCACAGUUUUGCAUUCUAUGUGCCAGAUUCCAAUGGGGCAAGCCUGGUGGUCAAUACCGAACAACCACAAGAUGAUAGGAUUGCUAAAAGAUGUCGCAUGCUAGAGAAAAGACUCAAGGCCAUAGAAGGACAAGAUAUUGUUGAACUGAAUGCCUUAGACAUGUGUUUGAUACCUGGCCUGGUUAUACCCCCAAAAUUCAAAGUACCAGAAUUUGAGAAGUACAAAGGGGAUAGUUGUCCAAAGCACCAUUUAGUAAUGUUUUGUCGAAAAAUGACCUCUCAUGCCCACAAUGAUAAGCUAAUGAUUCACUGUUUUCAGAACAGUUUGACUGGGGCAUCAUUGAGUUGGUAUAUGAAGUUAAAAAGGAAUAAUGUUUAG